AAAAUUCCGGCAAAAUAUGGAAUAAAAACAAAAUCAAAGAAAAAUUGUAUGACGCAAUCUAGUAUAAGCAGAAAUCAUCAAUGAAGACAGCAUGCAUUUCGCUAUAAGAGACACAGACUAUGCAAGAGCGCGAGAGUAGAGAGUAGACGGUCUGGCGUUGCUGGCCGCUGUAUUUAAAAGGCGGCGUUCCCGUGCACAACCGCUUAGUUGUCAUUAAACUUGCAAUUAUCGAACGUUGAAGGUGAAGGCGAAUUGAUUUGUGUAGCGCCAGCAAAAACAAAAUAAAGUGAAAUAUUAAGCAGAAAUAAAUUUGUGAAUUUUAAAAAAAAAGAUAAAUAAAUAAAAUGUGCGGUAUAUUUGCUAUAAUUUCUAAAGACGGUCAACCUAUCGAACCGAAAAUGUACCACGGCAGACUGCACAGUUUAAGAGAAAUUGCAUAUCGUCAAAGUGGCAAGCAACGACAUCGUGGUCCUGACUACACAGGUGUUAAGUUGGUGCAGGACGAUGGCGUAGCAUUGCUACACGAACGUUUGGCAAUUGUUGGUGUUCAGACUGGACAUCAACCUUUAUUAUCUGAAGAUGGUAACAUUUUGCUUGUGGCCAACGGCGAAAUCUACAAUUAUUUAGAGCAGUCCGCAGAGAUAGCAAAGAAACGUGGACACUACAAGCCAAAAAGUGAUUGCAACGUCAUCAUUGAACUCUAUGAAGAAUAUGGUGUCAAUCUAUUUGAGUACAUAACCGGUAUGUUUGCAUUUGUGCUCUAUGAUAAGCACACGAAAAAUGUGCUCAUUGCACGUGAUCCAUUUGGUAUUAUACCCAUGUAUAUCGGUGAGGAUGCCAGUGGUAAUAUUUGGGUAUCUUCUGAAAUGAAGUGUAUUGUUGAAUUUUGCACCAAAUUGGAAUCGUUUCCUCCUGGCGAAUAUCGUUAUGGACAACCUGGCAAUUUAGAACGUAAGAAAUUUUUUCAUGAACGUUGGGUAACUGAAAUACCCAACAUUGAAGCUGAUCUCUCCAUUUUACGUGCCAGACUUGAAUCAGCUGUGCGUACGCAUUUACAUUGUGAUGUGUCAUUUGGUGCACUACUCUCAGGCGGUGUAGACUCUAGUUUGAUAGCUUCGAUAGCCACAAAAUUACGACGUGAACGUGAUCCAACAUUUAAAUUGAAAACCUUUUCAGUGGGUUUACGUAAUGCACCCGAUUUCCAAGCAGCAAAAUUGGUAGCAGAUUACAUUGGUAGUGACCAUACUGAAAUUAUUUUUGAAAUAGCAGAUGCUUUGGAUGGCAUACGUGAUAUCAUAUACCACCUUGAAACAUAUGAUGUUACGACAGUGCGUUGCAGUAUACCCAUGUUGUUAUUGACUAGGUAUAUAAAAAGUACUGGCAUCAAAAUGAUAUUGUCUGGUGAGGGUGCAGAUGAAAUUUUCGGUGGUUAUUUGUAUUUCUUCAAAUCACCAAACUAUGUUGAGUUCCAUAAGGAACUGGUGUCACGUGUGCAACAACUGAACUUGUCAGACUGUUUACGUGCAAAUAAAGUGGCUAUGGCGAAGGGUGUUGAAUUGCGUGUACCAUUCCUGGAUACCGCUUUUGUUAACUAUGUGAUGUCAAUACGACCGGAAGAUAAAAUACCAGGUUCACUAAACUGUUUAGGUGGUACACAAAAAUAUCGUAUUGAGAAGCAUAUACUACGAGCAGCAUUUGCAAAAGACUUUUUACCCGAUGCUGUGCUUUGGCGACAGAAGGAGCAGUUUUCUGAUGGCGUUGGUUAUGACUGGAUUGAUACCAUACGAAAAACGGCUACGAGUCAUGUAAGUGAUGUUGAAUUUAGUACAGCUGCUACACGUUUCCCUAUUAACACACCAACGACGAAAGAAGCUUUCUAUUAUCGCAGCGUUUUUGAGGAAAUGUUCCCCGGUCAAGCAGCUGCAGAUACCGUCAAACGUUGGUUGCCACGUCUCGACUGGGGUUGUCCUGAAGACCCAUCAGGUCGUGCACAGUCAGCACAUCAAGUGCAUCAGUAAUUGCUAUGCAAUUUUUUCAAUAAGACUGAAGCCUACUGAUAAGCUAGAAAAUUUUCGACCAAGAGCGGCUACCUUGGUCAGUUUAUGUUAAUUAAUUAUUAAAUUAAUUUUUUAUUUGAAAUGUUGAGCAUUUUAUUAAAUUAAAUUGAAUUUAUUA